CCGUAAGCACACAAAAAAUAUAUAUAUGAGCGGGAAACCUGAUUUUGUUUGUGAUUUGGAAAAUGUUGAAUUCAUGUUUCAGUUUUGUGCAAUAUAAUUUUAAACGUGUUUACAUUUUUGAUUCACGUUUAUUACUUUUCGAUCCGUGACCGUGUUGUUUGUUAUUCUAAUUUUUUUUGCAUUUGUUUUUCAGUUUUUUGCGCUAUUAUUUUACAUGUGUUUUUAUUUUUUUAUUUCCGCUUAUUAUUUCUCAAACCAUUACCACAAUAGUUGUGGCGGGAUUCUGAUCCCAUAGAUCAUACCUCUGGAGGACACAAGGACGCAGCCUUACGAAACGAGACACAGCUAGUGUGGACACGCCCGGUGAGGUUCGAGUCGCCCUAAACAGUGGGCGGGGGCGCUGGUGCCUGCGCUGUCCGCUGCCCAACAAAAACACGAGAAUCAACACUUCAUGAAAUGGACCUUUACGAAAGACUCCGGCGGAUACAGCUUCUUUAUUUGGAAACAUUGCGCAUUCAUCAUGCUCUUGCAGUUGCGUUUCUUCUGUAUAUUUUGUUUAUUGUUGUUCAGUUGAUAAUUAAGAGGAGAAAAGGAAAGCGUAUACUGGAGCAUUUUCCAGGACCACCUGAUCACUGGCUCUUUGGACACGUGAAAGAGUUUCGACAGGAUGGUAAAGAUUUCGACAAGAUCCUAAGGUGGGGUAAACAGUAUCCCCUUGCUUUUCCACUGUGGUUUGGUCCCUCCGUCUCUUUUUUGAACAUUCAUCACCCAUUGUAUGUUAAGACCAUUCUCUCUUCAACAGAACCAAAAGAUGAUGUCGCGUAUGCAUUUCUUGUUCCUUGGAUAGGAGAGGGUUUACUUGUGUCCACUGAACAGAAAUGGUUUCGGCAUAGAAGACUCCUCACUCCUGGUUUCCAUUAUGAUGUUUUGAAGCCUUACGUGACACUUAUCGCUGAUUCCACAAAAAUUAUGCUUGAUAAGUGGGAGGUCCAUGCUAAGUCGGAAGAGUCAUUUGAAUUGUUUCAACAUGUUAGUCUCAUGACGCUGGACAGCAUAAUGAAAUGUGCCUUCAGCUGUAACAGUAACUGUCAGACAGAGAGUGGAACCAACCUGUACAUCCAGGCAGUCUAUGAGCUCUGUCGCCUGGUGAACCUCAGGUUCCGGGUCUUUCCAUACCACAUCAACGCCAUAUUUCACCUCAGUCCACAUGGAUACAGAUUCAGGAAGGCAUGCAAUAUAGCACACAGGCAUACAGAGGAAGUUAUCAGGAAGAGGAAGGAAGUCUUGAAGAUUGAAAGAGAACAGGGUAUCGUCAAAAACAAAAGAUAUUUGGACUUUUUGGACAUUCUUCUCUCUGCCCGAGAUGAGAAUCAGCAAGGUUUGUCAGAUGAGGAUAUCAGGGCUGAGGUGGACACAUUUAUGUUUGAAGGCCAUGACACCACAGCCAGCGGCAUAUCUUGGAUCUUGUACAGUCUUGCUUGUAACCCCAAGCACCAGCAGAAAUGCAGGGAGGAGAUCAUGCAAACCCUGGAGGGAAAAGAUACCAUGGAGUGGGAGGACCUCAAUAAAAUUCCAUACACCACGAUGUGUAUUAAAGAAUCCCUACGCUUUUACCCUCCUGUGCCAGGAAUGUCUCGAAAGUUGACUAAACCCAUGACUUUCUUUGACGGACGGACUGUACCUGCAGGUUGUCUUGUUGGAGUCAGUGUUUAUGGGAUUCACAUGAAUGCCACAGUGUGGGAGAAUCCGCAUGGCUGGUUGGGGAUUGGACAACAUGUUUGCUUGUAACCAAUAAUGUAAACAAGGCACCUGACCUUUAGUACCAUGAAGUAAACAUGGUAUUUGACCCAUUGAGAUUUCUGCCGGAGAACACUG